AUGGAAAUAUUCAGCCAGAAAGAUUACUACCCGACUCCAUCCUCGAAUGUUAUUAGCUAUGAAAGUGAUUGCGCAUCUAAGCCAGUGAAUAGUGCAGACCUACCUGCAUUGAUUGUACAUCUUUCCUCUCCUUCGGAAGGGGUAGAUUACAGCGCAUUCGCAGAUUUUUUUCUUAUUUAUAGGAAUUUUAUAACACCUCAAGACUUACACGAUUUACUCAUCUAUAGGUUUCGAUGGUGCAUCAGGGAGAUCACCACAAAUGCUGCAAAGGCCAAGAGAAGGCGAAUUGGUGAAGUGGCUCUAGUAAGGACGUUUGUAUUAUUAAGACAUUCCAUCCUGAAUUAUUUUGUUCAGGAUUUUUUACCGAACAUUUCGUUAAGGCUCCGGUUGAUCGAGUUUUUGAACGAUAAACAUAUUGAACAAUAUCCUAAGAUAAUUUCCAGCUGUAUAAUUAAUCUGAAAAAGAAUUGGGUACACUGUUCCAAGUUGGUUUGGGAGAACAUUGAACUGAAUGAACCAGAUAAAUUAGACUUCGAUGCAUGGUUGCACUUCCCAUUAAGGGAUUUCACACAACUAGGAAGCCUUCACAAAAGAGGAAGCCGACUGAGUAUGUACGCCAGACAAAGUUUUGCUAGUCCUGAUUUUCGUAAUCAAAGCGUUUUAUCACUAUAUAAAACUUCAGAUAUAUUCAGACUACCGGACAACCAGCAGUCUUUGAAUUCUUCCAAGAACCAGAGGAGCCCCUCGAUGCUUUUGUUCCCUGAUAAUACAUCCAAUGUUUAUUCAAAACAUCGAGUAAUGAAAGAACCCUCUAUUAAUAUUGAAAGCGGGAAAAUGCCAGAUAAUAAACAAAAGUUAAGCCACUUAUCUAAGGUAACUCUUGUAUCCACGUUAAUGAAAGGUGUUGACUACCCGUCAUCAUAUGCAGUGGAUAAAAUAAUGCCUCCAACGCCGGCUAAAAAAGUUGAAUUUAUCCUAAAUUCUUUGUAUCUACCCGAAGAGUUAAAUGAACAAAGUGGAACACUGCAAGGUACAUCAACAACAUCAUCUCUCGAUAAUAAUAGCAAUAGUAAUAGCAGAUCUAACACAUCCUCAAUAUCUGUAUUGCACCGUAGUGCUGUUGGUCUUCUAGCUAAAUGGAUGAAAAACCAUAAUCGCCAUGAUAGCAGUAAUGAUAAAAAAAUCAUGAAUGCCAUCAACCCAACAAACCAAAAACCUGAAAUGGAUGCUUUUGUUAAAUACGUUGUAUCGAUAUCAUCACUUAAUAGAAAAUCCUCAAAAGAAGAAGAAGAAGAAUUUCUUAAUCCAGAAACUUCAAAAUUUGACAUUUUAAGUGCGAGAACUAUAGAUGAAGUAGAGUCCCUAAUACACUUACAGAACCAGUUGAUAGAAAAAAUUCAAAUUCACUCAAAUGAUAAUCAAGAUCUCACAAUAGAUACUGAUAAUAAACGUCAAGAACAAAUGCACGAUAUAAAACUUUUACAGCGAAGCAGUUUCAAACCAAGUAAUGAUAAUUUCAGCGCCAUGGACAAUUUGGACUUGUAUCAAACUGUGAGUUCAAUUGCCCAGUCCGUCAUUUCUUUGACUAACACUUUAAAUAAACAACUACAGAACAAUGAGUCAAAAAUGCUACCGUCGCCCUCGUUUGAUGCACUACAACGAAGGAAAGUGAAAAGCUUCACGACAGCAUAUUACAAUAAAGUAAAUGACAACUUCUCCUCAGAAAGUAUGAGACUCUUUGAUAAGGAGACUAAUUCUUCUCGCACAGAGGAGGAUGGGCCUGAAAGGCUAUUAUUCCAUGAGACAGACAAAACAAAUCCAGAGGCUACUCCAAAUAUGACACCGAGAAGGAAAAAUCAUUCACAAUCUCAAAAGAGCAUGACUUCGUCACCUUUGAAAAAUGUUUUGCCGGAUCUUAAAGAAUCUUCACCGUUAAACGAUAGCAGGGAAGACACAAAAUCAAUAACAUAUUCAUAUGAUUCCGAACUGUCAUCCAGUUCGCCUCCUAGGGAUACAGUAACAAGAAAAUUAAAAAACGUCAAUAGCAUCAUGAAUAACACAGUUAGCCCAGCUUUAAAAACCAAAACUGGCUUCCUAAAUUUAAGAGAGUUUACCUUCGAAGAUACCAAGUCGCUAGAUGAAAAAAAGAAAGCAAUUGACCAGAAUGAGAGUACUAAAGGCGAAGUUGAAGAAAAUUGUGAAAACGAAGAAAAUCAUGAAACACAAUACAAAAGUACGAAAGAACUAGAUAACUUUGUCGAUGCAUUAUCAGAAGCCAACAAUUCCGAUAUAGCGAAAACAAAAAAACAAUCCCCUUGCAAUCACACAGUUAAACAAGCAGUUGUCAGACCUGCUAGUGGAAGGAUCAGCAUUUCAAGAGUCCAAAGUAUAGCCAUAACGCCAACAAAAGAGUUAUGCAUUGUAGAUCCUGAGCGUAGCAAUUCAAACUCUGUUAUUGAAGAAAUAAGUGAGAUAGAACCUCUCAAUUUGGAAUAUAAUAGAAAAAAUACCGUAUAUUCUGAUAAUUCAUCCACCGUCAUUAGUGUAUCGACAAGCAAACUCUUCGAAUCUGCGAAUAACAGUCCUAUAAAACUAACUCAAGGCUUGCAGAGAGGAUUGCCAACCGGAACCUUAAUAAGUGAAACCAAUAGAAUCAGAUUAUCAAUAGCACCUACAAUAGAAUCUGUUGUAAGUGAUUUGGAUUCAAUUGCCACCGGUAGUACAGUUGAAACUUUCGAAACCUCAAGGGAUUCACCAGUUCCACAUCAAAGGGUGAUAAAUUUGAGAGAAGAAUAUCAAAGGGGACACCAAGAUAUGGUUUCAAAUACUUCUUCAUUGCAUGAAUUGAAAACGAUUGAUCUAAGUGAUUCCAAUAAUGAUCUAGAGAGCCCAAGUGGCCAUGCAAAAAAUAUCAAAUAUUUUUUUUCACCGGAUGACGGUAGCAUCGAUGUUGCUUCUCCAGUGAAAAAUGUUGAAGAGUUGAAAAGUAAAUUUUUGAAGAACGAGAGUGAAACAAAUAGUAAUGCAACAGAAAGUUUACUAACGAUAGAUGACAUCGAUCCCAAUGACAUAUCAAGUGCUCGAAAUACACAGACAGUAAAUUCUGAAUCAGCUUUUGCAGGCUCCUUGGAUAAGAAAAAUUUGAAUGAAAUUGCUAAUAUGGUCGAUGAUUCAAUCAAUGGCGAUCCGAUAACCGUGGCACUGAUGAAACUGGAAGGCACAUAUGAGAAAAUACCAGGAAUGCCAGAAAACACCAAAAGCAGCGAUGCUAUUCGAUUGAAAACAAGCAGGCUGGCAGACGAAGUGGAAAUGCUAAACAUUAACAAUUUGCCGUCGUUCCAAAACAGUCCUGCAGAAAAAAGGAAAUCAUUAUUAAUAGAACGAAGAAGACAAACUAUAAUGAAUAUUCCAUUUACUCCCGAGCAAUCAGAUAAGGGGGGUUUCGCUUGCUCUUCACCUGAAAAGACCGGCACCUCCAGUAAUAUUGAUGUUGCUGUUCAGGCAGCACAAAUCCAGGAAUUGGUAAGUCAAUAUAAGAUCCACGAUACAAGGCUGAUGCUCUCCAAUAAUGAAAAUCACAUUCCGUUUAUACUAAUGUACGAUUCCCUGUCUGUGGCGCAACAAAUGACACUGAUAGAGAAAGAGAUUUUGGGAGAAAUAGAUUGGAAAGAUUUAUUAGACUUGAAAAUGAAACAUGAGGGUCCACAAGUGAAAAGUUGGCUGCAACUACUGAUAAGGAACGAAAGUUUAUCUGGAAUCGAUUUAGCAAUUUCAAGAUUCAACCUAACUGUGGAUUGGAUUAUAUCGGAAGUGCUUCUCACCAAGAGCUCCAAAAUGAAAAGAAAUGUCAUUCAACGGUUCAUUCAUGUUGCAGACCAUUGUAGAAAAUUUCAAAACUUUAAUACAUUAAUGGAAAUAAUCCUAGCGUUGAGUUCUUCAGCUGUUCAAAGGUUCACUGACGCAUGGCGUUUGAUUGAACCAGGCGAUUUGCUAACUUGGGAAGAACUAAAAAAAAUUCCGUCAUUAAAUAAAAAUUAUUCAACGAUAAGGACCUUACUCAACUCAGUAAACCCACUGGUCGGUUGCGUCCCAUUUAUUGUUGUAUAUCUUUCGGAUUUAUCAGCAAACGCUGAGAAGAAGGACUGGAUCCUAGAGGAUAAAGUAGUAAACUAUAAUAAGUUUAUUACGAAUGUCCAAAUAGUGAAAAACUUCAUUCAAAGGGUUCAAUGGUCCAAGUUCUACGUUUUUGAAGUUAAUCAUGAAUUACUGAGCAAGUGUGUUUAUAUCAGUACGUUGACACAAGAAGAAAUCAAAGAACUGUCUACUUGA